AAUUGGACUUGAAUUCAAUUGCAUCCAAAGAUGCCACAACGCACGCCAAGUCCAUUGGCCAUGAUUGCCACACGUAGCAGCAGCAGUCCGGCCGUAUCCGAGAUCUCCGUGGGUUCGCCCAGUCCACCACCGAUGGCCAUGAGGCCACUCAAUAUCAAACGCCUGCGUUUGCUCCGCAGUCCGGCGACCAUUCAGAGCGUUAGGAAGUGCAGUCAACCUACGCCUGGGGAGCGCAUCAAGAGCUUUUCCAUAGCUGACAUUUUGGGGCGAUCCGAUGAUCGCAAUGCCGCCACACCUGCACCCACUGUACUGUUGCAUGAGCGUCUACAGGCGUCACCAGCGCCGACGGCAGCCGCUCCUCCCGCGUCAGUAGUGGGAGCAGCUCCAUUGCUGCAUCCUGGACUGCAUCCGUUUCUGCCACCAGCUCUGCUUCACAGCUAUGAGCAGCGUCUGGCCUGGGACUAUCAGCGCCAGCUGCAGGAGCACUUCCAGGCGCAGCUCUUGAGGCAGAUGAGCAUGGAUCCCGCCGUCAUACCAAUACCUUCCGAAGAUGGCAGCUCGGAGCGUUCCCAUCGCUCCAGCAGCAGCAAUGGCAGCACCGACUGCUGCACUCCCAACCAGGGCACGACAGGCAGAGAGAACGAUGAGAAAACAAAGCGCACUCCAAGUGAUCCCAACCAGAAGCUGUCUGGAGCGGGAGCAGACACGCCACUUGAUGCACUCUUCCAGCUAUCCACCAAAAACUUUGAUGAGGAGCAGGAUCCCUCCACGCUGAACAUCUUUGCCACCCGGUCAAAUCCAAAGAAGAAGCGCAAAUCUCGCACUGCAUUUACGAAUCAACAGAUAUUUGAGCUGGAGAAACGGUUUCUCUAUCAGAAAUAUUUAUCUCCUGCCGAUCGUGAUGAAAUUGCCGCCGGUUUGGGUCUGUCCAAUGCACAGGUCAUCACCUGGUUCCAAAAUCGACGGGCCAAACUCAAACGGGACAUGGAGGAGCUGAAAAAGGAUGUGCAGAGCGUGAAACAAUUACCCGACCAGUCAGCAGAUCCCCUGCGAUGCCGGCAAUCGCAACCCCCGAGUAACAACCCCCAUUCGAGCAACUCCAGCAGAGAUAAGGAGGAACUCCGCAUGCUGAAGAUGAUGACAUUGAUGCGAUACUCGGAUGGAAAGCUGCUCUACCCUCAACCGGAUCGGGGCAACUAGUUACCACAAAUUAGUCCAAUUUGUAAAUUGCUGAUUAUAAAUUAUAAAUGAAAAUUCAUACAUACACACACACACAACUUCUAAUUUGCCAAAAAAGAAAACGCAAACAUUUUCUUCAAAUGAUUUUCCUAAUUGUAGUAUUAAAUUUCUUAUAAAUUGCUUGUGAUUUUGUCUCAAUUAUUCGCCACACAAAAAAACCACCACAUAAGUAUGAAUAUAUGUAUGUAAAAUUGUACUGUCUUAACUGUACUAUAAUUAUGCCAAUAACCUUAUAAGUUUAUGUAAUUUAAAAUAAAAUAAUAUAGUUGGCGUAC